AUGCUUAUAUUGAUCCCACCAAACUGUACCCAUUUCAUGCAGCCUUUGGACGUAGGAUUGUUUGGCCCUAUGAAAAAUGAAUGGGCUAAGUGUGUGAAUAGGUUCAGGGCUGCCAACCCAAAUGAAUACGUUACCAAAGAGUCCUUUGCAGGAAUGUUCCUGCCAGUGUACACAAGGGUCAUGAUUAGAGAGAAAAUAGUAAAAUCCUUUAAAAAAUGUGGCAUACAGCCAUUUGAUCAAGACGCUCCUGAUUAUACCAAGCUCACUCUUGAAGAAGCCCACUCCGGAGACAGUCGAAUAUUUGAAGGAGUGCUUCAAGACGGUCGUGUUGAAGCUUCCACUCAAGUUGAAAAUUUUUUUCAUGUCAAUGUUGCGACACAGACAUCCUCUGACAUCAUCUUGUCUGGUAACACAAGUACAAGCACGAUGGAAGGACUGGGAGCAGGCCCAAACAUUCACCUGAUAACAAAAUCAUUUGAUGACUUUGUCAUCGAUUCGCCACGAUUUGAUUCACUCAGAAUGGUGAAGAGGCAAAAUUGGUUCCAAUAUGUCUUUGAUCGAAAUCAUCGGCAAGAGGAUGCACCAGCUGUUGAUUCCCUUGUUGUUUCCCUUGUUCAUUCACCUAGUAUUCAUUCUAGUUCAGAUGCACAGUGUUCCUCAAUGUCAGCCCCUCCAAACAGGACUAGGCCUAUGUUGGUAGAACCUCAAAGACAAGCAAGACCACCUGCGAUUAGUCCUGCUCUUAAAAAUCAUAAGUGGUUCCCUUCUCCAAAAAAAGCUAUCGGAAAGGUUCGUACAGUGGCUCAAGAACUUCAUGCCACAUCUGUAGUGACUUCAGAUAAAGUUGUCUCGAUGCUAGAAGGUAUUAGGCUUGAAAAAAAAAAACAAGAACAAGCAAAAGAGGAGAGAAAAACGAAGCGCUUAGUUGCUGAAUUAGCUAAACGCAACAAGCCAAGUGUUCCAGCUAAAAGAAAGUUGCUGCCAGCAACAAAAAUGGCAAAGAAGAAACCAAAAAAAUUUUCCAUUACAUAAAAAAAUUAUUCAACAAUUAUUUAAAUAUAUUUUUAAUACCAAAUAACUAAAAAAAAGAACUCAUUUUUUAAAAAGUCUGAGGGUGGCGAACACUGGAACAGGUUCAAAAAAUUGCCUGGCGAACACGGGGACCGUUCCAGUGUCCGCCACUUUCAACUUUCGGGGGCUAUAGCCCCCUUAUUAAUUAUCGGAGGUCAUUCGUUCUAAGUACAGCGUAUAG